AUGGCCAUUUCCAGCACUUCCCCAGCACCUGAUACUGGCUCGGACGCGUUUUUGGCCGCGUCACGUGACGCGGAGCUCCCUGUCACACCGGGUCACGUCACCAUUGCUUCCUCAGCACCUGAUGCUGGCUCGGGCGCAUUAUCACGUGACACUCCGGUCAUGCUGGGUCAUGUCACGAGCAACGUCAUCAGCCAGCCUGUCAACAUGCUGGCCCCACCUCCCACCUCCACAACUCCUUCAGUACCCCCUCCUUCUGAGUUGUCGGCACCUGCUGUGACUGACUGGUCUGCUGAACUCUGUCGCCGCUGGUCCGAGAGUCACAUCACGCGUCUUGAACGGAGACGACUCAACAACCCGUAUGCUAAGGUCACCACUUGGCAAGAGAAUUGCAAUGCUAUGGAUCAGACAAUCCAUGACCUCCGACGAUAUAACGUGAAGUUGGCAAAGAACAUCAUGUGGUGGGAAGAGCAACAUGAGCAAGACCUCAAGAAUGAUGAUAGGGAUGUGGAUACCUUCUGCUCUCAGUUGGAGGAGGCACGUAAGCAUCGAAAGCAUCGCAGGGUGGUGGAUGCUUGGCGAAAGCACCUCUUUGAGCAAAAGAAGGGAAAAAGUCGGGAGGAGCGUCGGCAUUUGGAUGAGCUACGCAGGGAGGGCCCUCCACCUGGCUGGGAGCCUUCUGAAUACGGUGGGAGGAUGGGAGGAUGGGAAAUGAGAGAUGGGAGAUGGGAGACGGGAGACGGGAGAUGGGAGAUGGGACACGGGAGACAGGAGACAGGAGACGGGACACGGGAGAUGGGACACGGGACACGGGACACGGGACACGGGACACGGGACAUGGGACACGGGACACGGGACACGGGACACGGGACACGGGACACGGGACACGGGACACGGGACAUGGGACACAGGACAUGGGACACAGGACAAGAUAAUUGGGAGGAAGUUACCUGGGACACAGGCUUGCGAUCCCGUGGCCUCGUGCCUCGGCCAGCGGGAUGCAAGCCAGUGUCCCAGGCACCUUUGGUGCCUCCAGCAGAGUGCAAAGCACUCUGCUUGCUUCCUGUGCUGAAGGCACAACGGGCUUGGACUCAUCAUAAUAUUAUGGGAGACCGGUUUUGUGGCUAUAGGAAAAAUGGGCAAUGGGUAAACAUGGGAAUGGGAAGGUGGAGAAUGGAGAAAUGGGAGGAGGAGGACAGGAGGAUGGGAGAAUGGGAGAACAGGAGAACGGGAGAACGGGAGAUAGGAAAGCAGAAAAUAGGACAGAGACACGGGAGAAUUUUUUGGGAAGGGCAAGACUGA